AGUGGUUUUUAUUGUUAAUGCAAAUGAAUACUAUCUAUAUUCCAAGAGAUACCCGAGGGACUGUACCUAUUUUUGGAUUCUUAUUACAACACACUUACCCCUGUUCCCAUAUCAUGGAAAAGGAAAAUGAUUCUAAAGAGCACAACAACAGUGUUGAUUACAAAAAAGAUUGGAUCAACAAAAUCACGAAUGAAAAAUUUUGCAGGGAUAUUCCAGCUCGGGCAUCCUUACAUCAUGACGUUCGCUAUGGAAGUUUUGGUCUCCAGCAAGACUAUAAAUCAUCGGGAUAUGAAUAUUCAACAACUACUGAGAAGCAUACGAAAUAUAAAACACAAAUUAUUUUCAUUACCGUCAUAAGCUGCCUGAUAGUUCUUGGAGCAGGGGGUGCCUUUUUCAUUUCUUUGGUGAAGUGGAAUCAUUAUCAUGAUGAUACUCCUCAAAACCACUUUGAAAUGGUUCAAGCAAAAGGACAAAUGAGGAUUCAGCAGGAUUUUACAGAAGAAUUAAAUAAUAAAACAUCUCUUGUUUAUCUUAACUUCACACAUGAUUUCUGUGAAGAGAUUACAACAAGUAUUAAAUGGGAUAGCCUAACGAUUUUGCGGAACUGCGCUGUCACAGGACUUCG